UCAACCUCAUAUUCUACCUUUAUCUUUUACAAAAAAAGCACUUAUAAAACCAACAUCAUAUUAUUACACUGUAUUUAUUGAUCACCUUUCCCUCCAGAAUAUCAUCACUUUAAUUAUCCAUGAGCUAGUGCAAUAUAUAUAGUAUAUUCACAGUUUUUGAAUUGAAUCACAUUCACCACUAAUAUUACUAUAUAUAUGUAUACACAUUUUGGGCCGGGGCUGAAGGAGCCUGAAGUUAAUAAGACCGCAACUUUCUCUAGAAAGUUUCAAACUCGAGACCUCCUGUAUGAGAUUGAGUCGGCGACCAACUCAACUGGACCGUUCCUCAAUAUGUAUACACUGAUACACAUAUAUAGACAUGCACAUAUGUAUAUAUCAAUGGAUCAUUCAAUCGGCGAGGGAAUAGUUUUUCCAACAGAGGAGCAUGAUGACGCAGCGUCUAAGAAUGUACAACCUGGUCUUGUACUGCUUCGUCAUGGAGAGACACCGUUUCCGGAAGCUGGUUUUCCGGCUGCUUCCCCGGCGGUGAGAAUCCGAUGAUGGGAAGAAGGUAUUAUUAGAAGGCAUGGCCGGUCGACAGCUACCGUACGUUCGUGUAGUUGAGGAAUUAGUUAAGGAUGUGUUUGACUGCUUGAGACUUCAAGCAGUUAGUUA